AUGAAAGCAAUGUCAGCCACCAAGAUCAUUGUGGGACUUAAUGGUGCCCUUCAAAAGCGAUUCAUUCUCCCUGAUGAUGGAAUUUUAGUCCCAGGAAACGUUCAUAGAGCAGCCAGCAUCCAAACAGGCGUUGGUGGCAAGGGACAGGAUGUUGCAAUUGCGAUGAAUUGUCUCGCACCGGACUCGGAUUCUGGAUUAAAGUUGGCGCAGUUUGUGGGUUGUGGAUCCUCUGGAAACUCCGUUUAUGACCUCUUGAAAGAUAUUCUGGGCGAAUCUGCCCUCGACCUGACGGUCCGUACCAAGGAAGAUACGCGCAUAUGCACCUCAAUCGUUGCCUCCGACGAAACCACCGAACUCGUCGAGCCCAGCGGACUGAUUAGUGGGGAAGAAAUGGACGAGCUGCUUGUGAAGCUAAAUGGAAUUGAUGCAGCAUCAGCACUUUGUAUUAUGGGUUCCAUGCCACCGGGCUGUGAUGAGGAAACCUAUGCCAAGAUAUAUGAUCGAUCAGCCAGUACCGAAACUUUGUGUUUGGUGGACUCCGUUGCCGGAGUGGAAUCCUUGCUGGCCAAGAUGGAUUCCAAGAAAGAUUCGGGACCUUCUAUAUUCAAGGUGAAUGCGUCAGAACUCUGCAAAUUGGCUGGCUCCAAAAAGAGCAGCAGUGAAGCUGGGGGAAUUACUUUUGAAGAAUUGACGGAAGCUAUCAAGCUCUUUCGGGAAAAGUACUCAACAUCUCGGAACGCACUCGUCGGACUAGCAAUUACUGAUGGCCGGCAUCCCGGAUAUUUUGCCGCGUUUGACAAGAAUGGUGACGACACUGUUCUUUACAAACUCCCAGUCCCUGUGUUGGAUCCUGGCAAACCCCUCUUCCCAAUUGGUGCUGGUGAUGCUGUAGCAGGUGGAACCCUAGCCGCGUGGCUUUGUCUGACGAAUGACGACAAGAGUACUACCCUUUUAGACGAUUGUUGGUCGGUGCUGCAAGAGCAAAUGAAAGCCAACAAAGGUAUUAUCUCCGAUCCAUCGAUGAAUGCAGCAGUUUCGGCUUUCACCUUUGGACUAGCCUGUGGUUCCGCAAGUUGUUUACAAGAAGAAAACUCAGUCUUGGAUCCUGAAGAUGUUGUCGAUCUGUUGAAGAAAAUUGGAAAUGCAGAACUAGUAUCAGCAUAG